AUGUUCGACCUCGCCGCCCGCAGAGCCGACCUCGCUGUCCGCAGAGGCCUCCUCGUCGCCCACAGAGCCCUCCCCGUCGUCGCCGCCGCCCGCCUCUACUCGACCGCACCGCCCAGGACCCCGCUCGCGGAGCUCGUCGCCGCGCUCCGCAGCGUCGUCGGCGACAAGGUCUCCCCGACCCAAGCCGCGGAAGCCCUCCUCGCCUCCAACCGCCACAUCCCCGACGCAGUUGACUGGCUCAGAUCUAACCGUGCCACCAAGGCCGCCAAAAAGGCCGCCAAGGUCGCCAACCGCAUCGCGUCGGACGGGCUCAUCGGCGCCGCGGUCCUCGCUCCCGGCGCGCCCGGCAGCGUGCGCGCCGCGCUCGUCGAGCUCAGCUGCGAGACCGACUUCGUCGCGCGCAACGAUCUCUUCGGCACGCUCCUCGCUGACAUCGCGCACACCGCCGCCUUCCUCGCCGACGCACCCGGCGCGCAGCCCGUUCCGCUCGACACCCUCCUCGGCGCCCCGCUCCUCGCCCGCGACACCGGCGCGUCCACCCCAGCGCCGAGCGGGACCGUCGCCGCGGCGAUCCAGGACCUCAUCGGCCGUGUCGGCGAGAAGGUCGCGCUGCGCCGCGCGCACAGCGUGCUGUACGACCCCCGCGCGGACUCCCAGCUCGCGCUCCGCGUCGCCGCGCGCGCGCACCCGUCUGUGGGUGACAACACCCAGGGCCGCAUCGGGUGCCUCGCGCUCGCUGCGCUCAAGUCUUCGCGGGUCUCUGCGGUUCUCGCUGCCCCGGGAUUCCAGGCUGACCUCGAGAAGCUCAUGGGCGCGCUUGGUCGCCAGAUCAUCGGGUUCCCCACGGAGAGCGUGCGGGUGCGGGAAGGACAGGAGCCUGAGGCGGCGCUGUACGCGCAGCCGUUUGCAAUGUGGGGCGGGGAAGGAAGCGAUCUGGGCGUGCGCGCGUUCUUGGACAAGUGGGCGAGGGAACACGAUGUAGCGGAGGAGGGAGAGGAGGGGACCGGUGUGGAGGUGGUGGAAUUCGUCAAGUGGACGGUCGGCGAGCCACUAUAG